GCUGCUGCUGCUGUUCCUUUACUUUACCCUUCGAGCUAUUCUGGGGUUUCAAUUCCGAUUAUCAGGGUUUCCUUUUUGGUUCCGCACUCGUUGGAGGCUUUGAAUUCGUGGAAUAGGCUGCAGUAAGGAAUGGACGGCGAGGUGUUGACGGAGCAGGAGACUGCACUCUAUGACCGCCAAAUUAGGGUUUGGGGUGUUGAUACACAAAGAAGACUGAGCAAAGCUCAUAUAUUGGUAUGUGGAAUGAAAGGGACUGUUGCUGAGUUUUGCAAGAACAUUGUUCUAGCGGGAGUUAGUAGUUUGACAUUGGUGGAUGAUCGGGUCGCGACUGAAGAAGCUAUCUCUGCGAACUUUUUGAUACCUCCUGAUGAGAAUGCGUAUGGUGGAAAGACGCUUGCCGAGCUUUGUUGUGAUUCUUUGAAAGACUUCAACCCGAUGGUUCGUGUUUCAGUAGAAAAAGGUGACAUUUCGAGCUUUGGUGGGGAUUUCUUUGAUAAUUAUGAUGUCGUAGUUGCCAGUUGUUGCUCCCUUGCAACCAAAAAAUCAAUCAAUGAGAAAUGCCGGAAGUUAUCAAAGCAUAUAGCAUUCUAUACAGUUGAUUGUAGAGACUCUUGUGGUGAAAUAUUUGUCGACCUGCAACACCAUAGAUAUUCAAAGAAAAAACUUGACGAGAACAUCAAGUGCCAACUUCAGUAUCCAAGUAUCGAGGAAGCGAUUUCAGUACCCUGGCGGGCACUUCCAAGGAAAGUGACAAAGCUAUACUUUGCCAUGAGAGUGAUGGAAAGGUUUGAAGAGGUUGAGGGGCGUAAUCCAGGGGAUGUUUCAAGUGCAGAUCUUCCUGGUAUCCUGAAGCUGAAAAAGGAACUUUGUGAGGCAAAUUCACUGAAUGAAUCUCAUGUUCCUGACAAACUCCUUGAAAGAUUGGUAAUGGGUACUAGAGAAUUCCCUCCAGUUUGUGCCAUCAUUGGAGGAAUCCUUGGACAGGAGGUUAUCAAAGCGAUCUCAGGCAAAGGGGAACCCCUAAAAAAUUUCUUCUUCUUCGAUGCUAUGGAUGGAAAAGGCAUAAUAGAAGACAUUUCAAACCCUGAGAGUGGAAGUUGAUCUGCCUUUCUGAGGGAAGCUUUUGAAAGAGAGGUAUUACUAGAAGCAUUUGUGAUAGCUUCUUUGCAGUUAAUUGGAGAAUUUCGGUCACAGAUUUACACAGAUUUAUCCAAGAAACUAACCCCUUCUGGAGGAUAUAUUGUUGUUGUUCCUAACGUUUGAAGCUUAGAUUGUAGGACAUACUGAUAUUUCUGCAAUUCUUGCACUGACUUUUUAAGUUAUGACACUUUAUGGCUGACAUUUUCAUA